AUGAAGCUCACAGCUCUCCUUACUCUCUUCUCGGCCAUCUGCACGGCGACCGCCAGCACAAUCGGCACCCGCGCAUUCAAGGGCCACACCCCGAUCUUCCCAAUCCCGGGCCUCGAAGACCGCGCCUUCAAGGGCCACAACCCCAUCUAUCCAAUCCCGGGUCUCCAAAUCCGCGCGUCCCCCAACGAAACCGUCCCCGCCACCGGAUCCCUCGAGGAGAUCCGCGCCCGCGCCCUCGAGAUCAAUCCCAACUGGGACGAGGAGUACUAUGGCCCCGCGCAGAAGGCUGUGGAUGAGCGCUUUAUGAUGCAUGGUUCUGACGACGACUCUGAUGACGAUUCUGACACGGAUGCUGAGUCUGACGCUGAUGCUGAGUCUGGCACCCACCUCUCCAAGCGCCUAGCGAAAGACUUCGACGCCGAGGGCAUCUACUGCACGCGCGAGAAGAAAGUCGACUGGAUCAAUGCGCGGCGCGAGGCAAUCCGGCUUGUCCUGCUGGACGGGGCGCCGAGGCUUGGUGCGGGCCCGGGCAAGUGUAGCCGGGUCGGAUGCACGGCCGGGAGUGCGAUUGUUUGGUGUAAUGAUAACAGGGAGGUCCUCAAGCUGAAGAGCUGGGAUGAGGUUGCGGAUGGGGCGUGGGCGGUUAUUGGCAAGUGUCGCUGGAGCGAGAAGGGGGAGGGCUUUUAUGUGUCUGGCCAGGCGCGCCAUAAGAAUAACUGGAAUGUUAUUGUGAGGUCGGAGAAGUGUUAG